CAUCGGUAGCGUGGCCACGUCUCCGCGCGAUUCCUCUAUAGCAGAAACAUCCUGGGGAUCAUUGUAUUUAUCUUCUAAGCAACCGAUAGUAGCGCACCUACAGCGGCCACGGCUAGUAAUUCGCGCUUGAAGCUCUCGGACCAACUAUAUGUUAGGCUUCCGUCAUUUAUUUCACCGAUCUCAUAAUCAGCAUACGAGAGCGUGAAUAACCGAGUGCGUGCAAAGCAGCCUACGACUUGAACGUGAUGAUGAAUCAUCCGCAAUUGUAUUACGCCGGCGACAUUACGCAUUUCACCGAGCCUGAACUCGUGGCGACUCGAUCCGAUAACGUCAGCAGCAACUCCUCUUCAUUCACGGAAUAUCCGGCGACGGCGAUGUCGUCGGCAGCACCAACGUCGGCAGGAACAACAGCGACGACGACGGCGGUGGACGAUAAUGCCAGCUUCUGGGAUCUGAGCAACUUUGACGCUUCGCUGCUGGAGCUGCUGACGACCGACAAUAAUAUCGCUCAUCACAAACCCCCGCAGGACGCCAUCGUUGACAACGCCGAAUAUCAUGAUCGCCCGAGAGAACAAAAUGUCGCUCAGCUACCACUCGUAUCGCAAAUCGAAUGCGGUUUAGACAGAAUCGCCGUUCCUAACUGCGAAAUCUCACAAGAUGGCGACUACAUGGCAGAAAUAUACAGCGAGGGCGACCGCGGCCAAUUUCCUCCGACAACCUACAGCAGUACGACGCAGCCGCCGCAAGCGCACCAGGUGGCGUGGUGGACGGGAGACAGCAGCCGCGACGAUAACCUCAUUCCCUCUCAUAAUAUCGCGCAUCACGCGAUGACGCGUCGCCAGCCGUCGGCCGUCGGCGGCACCUCGAUGCCACCGCCACCGCUCGGCACCGCGCAGCAACGGCAGACGACGACACUGCGCGGCGGCGGGAAAACGAAACCGAAGCGACGACGCAUGUCGACGCCGCUGCAGCGCACGGCGGCGAACGUUCGCGAACGCAAGCGCAUGUUUUACGUCAACGACGCCUUCACGGCGCUCAAGCACCUCGUGCCGACGUUCUCCUACGAGAAGAAGAAGCUGUCGCGCAUCGACACGAUGCGACUCGCGAUAACCUACAUCAGCUUCAUGAAGGGUCUGCUAACGCGAUGCGAUUCUAAUGCUUAUUCGUCGUCGGCACGCGCGCCCCAACACCAGCAGCACGUGGAACCUGCCUUUAUACAGGGAGGCAUGCUAGAACUGUCUAACAAUAGGCCGCAUGGAAGUCCUUAUUAGAACGAACAAUAUUUAACCGCAUGCGAAACACAGUCAUCUCGGUUCGCUGACAGCUGCAGAUGCCUGGGUCAGCUAAUAUGAUCGUGUGUUGGGGAUAUUUAUAGGUGCAUGAAAGUUUAAGGAAAAUCUAUGCGAAAUGUGCAGUCAGGUGGUUAUUAUUUACAAUCUCAUUGUUUGAGUUACAGUUAUUUAUUAUCUUGUCAUGACAUUGCAAUUUAAAUGUGUCAUACAACGUUAUGUUAUUCGUAGUCGAUACAUUAAAUGUAGCACAUUAUUGAUUUUACAUACAAUCAUAUAUCCUUGUAACAUUAUAAUAUAUUAUGAAAUAUAAUA